AAGAGAGGAGAGAGAAGAACAGAAAAGAGAGAGAGAGAGAGAAACAGGGAUUGAAGCAAGAAGCUAAUGGAGAGUACUGUAGCGGUGACAUGGAGCAGAGAAGAAGAGAAAUCAUUCGAGAACGCAAUUGCUAUGCAUUGUGUAGAUGAAGAGAUAAAAGAGGAACAAUGGAGCAAAAUGGCCUCAAUGGUUCCGACAAAAACAUUAGAACAAGUAAAGAAACAUUACCAUGUCCUUUUAGAAGACGUGAAGGCAAUAGAGAACGGACAAGUCCCAUUACCUCGUUAUCACCGAACCGGCGACGAAGCUUCUCCUGCGAACAGAGACUGUCAUUCCUCGGGGGGAAGUGGAUCAUCGGAGAAGAAACUAAACCACGGAGUCUCCGGGAUAAAUGGCAGCGGAAGGAGUGGUUCAAGAGCUGAGCAAGAGAGAAGAAAAGGGAUUCCAUGGACAGAAGAAGAGCAUAGGUUGUUUCUUUUGGGUUUGGAGAAAUUUGGGAAAGGAGAUUGGAAAAGCAUCUCAAGGAACUUUGUGAUCACAAGAACACCAACUCAAGUAGCAAGUCAUGCUCAAAAAUACUUUAUCCGGCUUAACUCUAUGAACCGAGAUCGAAGACGGUCUAGCAUUCAUGACAUCACUACCAUAAACAAUCAAGCUCCCGCGGUUACAGGACAACAACAACAAGUGGUUAAACAUAGACCAACUCAGCCACAUACACAGACGCAACUGCAUCAUCCGGGUCCAACAAUGGCUGGACUAGGGAUGUAUGGUGGUGCGCCAGUGGGACAACCGAUCAUCGCACCACCUGAUCAUAUGGGUUCAGCUGUUGGAACACCUGUGAUGCUUCCACCUCCAAUGGGAACCCAUCAUCACCAUAAUCUUGGAGUUGCUCCUUAUGCUUUACCGGCUUAUCCGGUUCCACCAAUUCCGCAGCAACAUCCAGCUCCAUCGACUAUGCAUUGACAUCAACAGUUGGUGAAAAAUGACACCACAUUGUAAUGUACAUUUCUCUAAUUGAAUAGGGAGCAAUAACGUACAGCAGAGGAAUCUUAGUACAUUUCUUGCACAGAUAUGUGGCCUUGUUGUGAUCUAAAGACAAUUUCAAGAAAUAAGAUAAAACUUGAA